UCUACAACAAACAAAAUGUCCCACUUUUUUCCCUUCUCAGCAGCGGUUCCCCAACAGCCACGCAGCGUGAUCGAGUUUGGAGACAUGAUUCGCUGUCUGACAGACCGUAAUAUCAUCAGCUCCUGGCUGGACUACGACGGUUACGGUUGCUACUGUGGCCUAGGUGGGACGGGUACUCCACUGGAUGACACCGACAGGUGUUGUCAAUCGCACGAUAACUGUUACGACGUUGUCAUGAAGAGCGGCAAGUGCCCCUAUGAAAGCCACGUAUAUGUUAUCAACUGUGUUGCUAUUAUUGAAAACUGCAGAGAGCCCGACGCAAAAGUAACGUGCAAACGGGCCGAGGACUACGGGUGGCUGGAUAGUCCGUGGAGUGAAUGUGCGGCGGCCAUGUGCGAGUGUGACCGCAUUGGGGCCGAGUGUUUCGCCGCCAGUUACUACGAUUCCUCACUGAAAAAUUGGCCACAGGACAACUGCUCUGAAAACAAGAUGGAGGCGACGUGCAGGUUGCUGAUCGCAUCGGCCGUUGUGGUGGUUUCGAUGACUGUCGUAGAGGCUUGGGAUGAUUCGUACACCAAGGUACGGACUCGUCGCGAUCUGAUCGGGCUAGGGAAUAUGAUCGGUAGCGUGACAGGUAAGGGGCUAUUCGGCGUCAUGACUACGUACAACGGCUAUGGCUGCUACUGCGGAAUAGGGGGACACGGAACACCUGUGGAUGACGUAGACAGAUGCUGUCAAGCACACGACCGAUGUUUCACGGCAGCACAGCGAGGAGUAUGCUCCACAUCUGAGAAGACUAUCUACAGUCAGUCCUACAAGUACAAGUCGAAAGACACUCCAAAUAACAAGAACGGAAUACACGCUGAGAUAACGUGUAAUCCAGCUUCUUCUUACAAAAGGGCAAAGGAAGGUGCUUACCAGGCCCUGUGCUCCAAGACGAUCUGUGAAUGCGACCGACAAUUAGCGACGUGUUUCGCCACUCAUAAGCACAACGACAAGUUCAGAGGAUACGACAGAAAGAAAUGCGGGCAAUAAAUCACUUAACCGUUGUUUUCGGAGUGGAAACGUACUUAUCAGUGAGAAGUUUAAUGAACCGAAUUUUGUAAAACUCCAGUGGACGUAUUAAGUCCGCCAAUUGAGAUAAGAACAAAUCAAAGAACUGGAAAUUUCGAAAAGAGCCGCCUUGGAAUGCCGUGUUAAUUCGUCUCUCUUAAUCAAAUAUUAUCUAAAAUGCAUGCAUGGAUCUUUUACUAUGUACACUGUAUAUUAAUAGGCGUUUCAAGUAUCUUUAUCGAAAAUUUCUGCUAACAUACAGGAGAAAUUUCAGAAGUCUGAUCGGAGUAGUCAUUUGCCAAAAAUAACUUUCUAGAAAGGUUAGCAAUUUAAGAUUUACAGGCGUAUAGCUGCAGACCAUCGGUCAGUGUUCGUUGUCAUGGCUACCUAAAUCCAGCAUCCUGUUUUACUUGGCAAAGCUCGUCCAACAUUGGUCCCUUUAUGUGUAACACUGUAUACAAAAACCCAUUUCGAAAAUUUUAUUUUACCAUUGAGAAACGUGUCAAUUCGCCCGACGGCUCAUUUUACCCGAUGGGAAUCGCCAGACGUGACGUCCCAAUUCAUAUGGCCUAAAUGCGGAAGAUAAAGCGCUGCGUCCUAAUCUGUUUGGGCUACAACUGAGCACAAGCAGCGUGUGUGGAAAAUGCAUGAAGCCGCUCGCUGCCAGUUGCCAGCGGCCAUUGUAUUUUCUGCUGUAGCCAAGUAUUUAGGACUCGACCUCAGUCAAAGCUGAGAUAAAUUGUGGGGGACAAGCCCAAUCGCAAUUUAGAAAAGAAUACCAAGGAGUGUUUGCCUGAAUGCAGAAAGCUGGUUCAGUAUACCAUGGUUCCCACAGCGUAUGCCUAAAAUAGCGCGCUUCCGAGGUCAUAGUUUGCAAUGGGAGCAGCAAUACGUGUGCGUUGCUGUCCUAGCAACACGGCUACACGCCGACUUGCAAGCGUGGUUUUUUUCUCGAAUGACCAUUUUUGAAGUACCGAACUAGCUCAUUGUAAACUUGGUAUAUUUUUCAGGAAAACUUUUCCCCAUUUUAUUAUACAUAUUGACAUCUUCCAAUGACUGUUUGAUACAGAGUAGACCUACCCCCUUCAACCCCCCAUAGUACACGAACAAAAUGUUUAUACUCGUAAGCACAUAGAAACGAAGGCAAAUUAACUUGUCAGUUCUGGAAUGAUUGUCUCUUUGUUAAUGCUUGAAAAGAUCACCAAUAUAAUGAUCUCAUUUUAAUGCCUAUAUAAGUUUGUCAACUCCAUUGAUCACUUACAGAACACAUCAACUACGAAAUGUAAUUGUCAACAUUAAUGCAUUUUAAUCAUUUACGAGUCAAUAACUGUAAAGCAAUCCAAACAUUUCCAGAUUUUUAUUACUUUCUUAAAGUACUUUCAGCUUCGUCACUUUUAAACGUAAUAGCCUGUAUUAUUUUUUGUGUGAAUAAUUCUGUGACUGUUUACAGAAAAUAUCUAUAGAAAAUAAAUAUUUGGAUGGAUUCGUGCGA